CCAACCAGCCAACCAACCAACCAGCGGCGAACCGCACAUCCACCGCACCUCCCCGCCAAAAUGCACAUCCCCGCCGUCCCCGCCGUCCUCUCGCUCCUCCUCGCCUCUGCCGCCGCCUUCACCACCUCCACCCCCAGCAGCCCCUCCUGCACCCUUCACGACCUCCGUACCCUCUCCUGCCACAACAGCACCUCCAUCCCUCCCUGCUGCAUCGAGUCCCCCUCAGGCCUGCUGUUACAAACGCAAUACUGGUCGUCCCUCGGGCCCCAAAACUCCUGGACGAUCCACGGGUUGUGGUCCGACUUCUGCGACGGGACGUACCCGGCCUACUGCGAUGCCAGUCGCGCCUACCCGAGCGCAGCGGCGGUCGUCGGCGGGGCACUAGAGAAGUUCAUGCGUAAGUACUGGCUGGACGUCGAUGGCACGGGCGCGGCGGUGGAUCCGGCAGAGCCCGACCAGGGGCUGUGGAAACAUGAGUGGGAUAAGCACGGGACUUGUAUGAGCACGCUUGUGCCCGGCUGCUAUGGCGCGGGGUAUAGGCCCGCGAUGGAGGCGGCGGAUUACUUCAAGGCUACGGUGCAGUUGUUUAGGAGGCUGGAUACAUUCAAGUUCCUGAAGAAAUGCGGCAUCACGCCCUCGGCCGCCAGGACGUAUACGCGCGCGGAGUUUGUGGGGUGUCUGGGGGCGGCACAUGGCGCCACGCCGUUUGUCGGGUGCGAUAGCGAGGGGAGGGUUAAUGAGCUGUGGUACUACUACCACUUGCGCGGGAAGGUGGUGGACGGGAAGUGGGAGGAGACGGAGACUACACGGACGAGUUCGUGUCCUGAGACGGGGAUACGGUAUCUGCCCAAGUAGUGAGUGUGUGUAUAUAAGGUAAAUAUGGAGGAGAACGGGAGAGGUGGUGGGCACUUGGUAUUACUCGCCGGAAUAUAAUAGCCACUCACGGCGAUUAAUCAAGAAACAAAACGAACCCAUUCGUCCUUAGAUAUCAAACUGUCC